UUCCAGAAAUAAAAUAACAUUUAUUUUCUAUACCAGUACAUUCGUGAUAUCGAUAACAAUUCUUGUAUAAUUGAUUGCAUCAAUUUAUAUAAAUUACAUUGCGCAGCCGCUUCUUCUUUUGAAUCUGUUUCGAACAAACGCGCGAAAUUAGGAGAAAACAUUAAGUUUAUCACGAAGCAAUGCACAUGGUACAACAGAAUAUAAUCAAACAUUAUUAUCUAUAAUUUUGUAUGUUUAUAAUCAUAUCAGUGAGAAGUAAUACAUUUGUUUAUGGAUAAUUUUAUUGAUCACUCCGUAAUAAAAGAUAUGAGUAAAUGAUAUGUUUAUAACCUAUAAUAAUUUCUAUUAUAACAUAAAAACAAAGGUCACUUACUUCUAAGGGACAAUGGAAGUCAGUGUAGGAGACGUAGUAAUGCCUGGUGAUACUAUAAAAGAUAUUGCUACAAUUACCAAAAAAGAAACAAUCAUUUUAGGACCUGGACUUCGUCGCGAAGCUGAUACGGUAUUUGCAUAUAAAGCAGGUGUACUAAAGAAAACAGAACCAGCUGUAUAUUAUGUAGAUAGUUAUCAAAAGCGUUAUAUACCAAACCGUGGAGAAAAUGUAGUUGGUAUAGUAACACAGAGAAGUAGUGAUAUUUUCAAGGUAGAUAUAGGUGCCAGUGAACAAGCAUCUCUUUCAUAUCUAGCAUUUGAAGGAGCUACAAAGAAAAAUCGUCCUGACAUUCAAGUCGGAGACCUUGUGUUUGCAAAGCUUUUAGUCGCCAGUAAAGAUAUGGAACCAGAACUUGUAUGUGUGGAUUCUCAUGGUAAAGAAAAGAAAUUGGGUGCUUUAAGCUCUGAAGGCAUGCUCUUCACUUGUUCUUUGAGUCUUGUCAGAAAAAUAUUAAAUCGCAAUUCCCUAUUGUUCAAUACACUUGCACGUAGUCAAGCAUUUGAAGUUGCAGUUGGUAUGAAUGGUAGAGUUUGGGUCAAAGCAAGGACUAUUCAAGAAACAAUAGCAGUAGCAACUGCUAUUUUGGCAGCAGAAUAUGCUCCACCUAAUGGUAUUAAAAAAUUAUGCUUAGACAUUGAAAAGACUUUACUUUUAACUCAGUGUGGUAAUGUAGAUUAAUUGUAAUAAAGGAAGAAACAAAUGUUAUGAAUGAUUUUAUUUAUUGUAUCAAUAUUUUUAAUGAGUUUUAUAAAUAAAUCUGUAUGAUUUCUUAUGUGAAA